UUUCAUGUUCCUUCUUGUUUUUCUCCAAUCAACACAACCAAUCACUGGUCUCGAUUUUUGCCUUCUUUGCAAACUUGAUGACGAGGCUGUGCAAUCAAUGGUGCUCUCUCUCUCUCUCUCUCUCUCUCUCUCUCUCUCUCUCUCUCUCUCUCUCUCUCUCUCUCUCUCUCUCUCCCCCCCUCUGGAAGGUCAAUUUCCUACCUCAUCCAAGAACACAGAGGUGGUAUAUGUUGUAGGAUCUAGCUGGAACUCGGAACAAUGUUUGAGUUUUCCAUCAAACUCCUGGGAUUGAGAGUGUUUGUGUCCUGCAUGGGAUUAGCAGGCAACAUUUUACUCAUCAUUUUCAUCAUUCAGACCAAGUCCUCCCAUGUUAAAUCAUUUGAGUUGUUUCUUCUGGGACUCGCUGCGGCCAACUUGGAGGAAAUUGUCAUGAUAAACUUGUACAAUGUUGUCGUCCUCCUGACUUCGUCCACCAACGCCUGCACUUGGUGCUGUCGCUUGCUCAAGUUUCUCACCGUCUCUGGUGAAAUGGCCAGCAUCCUCUUCACGGUCGUCAUCAGCGUCUACCGCUACCAGAAGCUGUGUGAUGCCAAAAGGGUCAACCUCCCGGUGUGCCUGGACAGCAUUCGAUCUGCCUGGGUGAUGAGCGGAGUUUGCGUGAUGCUCUCGACGUUCGUCGGUCUCCCCAUUUUUGCCAUCACCUUUCACAGCUCCGUGGAAAACAUCACAGAAAACAGCGGCGGCUGCCUGCCUGACUUCUUUUACUGCAGUAAAACUGACUGCCCCACAAUCAACCUUGUGUACAAAUACCUGUUCUUGCUAUUAUGCUACCUGCUACCUCUGAUCAUCGUUACAGUCAGCAGCUGUCUCAUUGUCAUAGUGCUUCUGAAUCAGGAGAAGGCAGUGAUACCGGUGGAUGAGUUUGGCGGCACAAACCAGCAUGACAAGGAGACUCGUCAUCACAGUUUGCAUCGAAGUACAGUUGCUGUGAUAGCAGCGAUGUGGUUAUUCCAAGUAGACUGGACUCUCUACCUGAUCCUUCAAUGGAUUUUAAGCCCUAAUGAAUUUCCUUUUUGGUUGGAAAUUGAGUUCUUUAUCUCAACUUCCUACACAUCUAUAAGUCCAUACGUGUAUGGCUUUGGAAAUCACCUGUUCUCCCUCAAAAACUUCAAAACAGUUUUUAAGCUUUAA